AUGGGAGCGACUUACAACAAAGACACAAUAUCCGACAUCUUGCACGAAGGGCUUGACUUCCAGAAUGAAUACGACAGAAAGAAAUACGAUGAGCCCGAUGAUCGCGAGGGGAGAAUACAGGACCUCGAAAGAAGCAUUGAGCUUUUCAAGCAAGUGAUAGCGCAGACUACAAAACAGGACAGAAGCCAAUUACUCGCCUUGAGACGUCUUGGUGAAUCAUACCUUGACAUGUUCAACGAAACAGGAGACGAGACAUGUGCUUCCAACUCUAUUGCAACACAUAACGAUGCAAUUGAGUUGACUCCCGAUGACGAUAUUGGGCUGUUUGAUACCUUCAAACAAAUCGGCAAGGCGCACCAUGAUAGUUUCAUUGCAUUCAAACAAGCCGAUGACCGUAACUGGGCAAUUUAUUACUGGGACGCCUUCAUCGACAGAGCCGAGUCAGCUUUGGCUGGUGGGAACACACCUGAGGAAACGGGGCUUUUCGAACCUGAAUGGAUACGUUGGCUUGGUCUUCUUGGGGACCUCUAUUACAACAAAUACUUCUGUGAUGGCUCCUUGGACGACCUUGGCAGGGCCAUAGAUCUUAUGCAAACGGCAGUUGAGCAAGAGCAAUCUGAAUCAGCUAAAGGGGUCCGGAAGCUCCGUCUAGGGGUUGCGUAUGGAAACUUGCACCAAGGAACUGGAAACAUGGAGCACCUGAGAGAAUGUAUCGACCUGUACAAGAAAGCACAAUCUCUACUCCCAUCUGAUCAUCCAGAUGUACCAGUGCUCAUGAAAUGUCUCGGCACUGCAUAUCGGGACCGAAACAGUAAAACCGGUUCGACAGAGGAUCUUGAUCUAUCAAUCAAAUGCAUUGAAGCAUCAUUAGGCAUUACUUCUGGACAUGACCUCGAUCAAGCGGGGCGACUGAUACAUCUUGGUUCCGUUUACAACGAUAUGUUCAGGCAGCUUAACGAUCCGCACAGUCUCAAGGAGUCCAUAAAAUACAAGACUGAAGCCUUGCGCUUGCUUGAAAAAUAUGAUCACAGACGAGCCGAGAUGGUGUCUAGCCUGGCAAACUCUUACGCAACUCAAUUUUCUACUGAGGAUCAUGAGAGUGAUAUCGGACACCUAGAAAAAUCAAUUGAGCUCAACAAAGAAGCCCUGGAACUUGCCUCGACAACAACAGAGCGGCCAUACAUUCGCUACAAUCUUGGGAUGAACUAUCAUUAUAGAUUCAAGCACAAGUAUGAAAAGUACUUAGGCCUACCGAACACGCCAGAAUUACUUGAGAAGAUAGACAUGACAGAUCUUGAACACUCGAUUAAAUUGAAGGAGCACGCACUGAGCCAGACACCACAUGGACACCCAUCGCUCUCUGGCCGUCUCAGUGGCCUCGGGGAAGGGUAUGAGUUACUGUACUAUAUCAGUGAUGAGGAGGAGGAUUACAAGAAAGCUCUUGAUUGCUGGGAAAAGGCCCUCUCUUACGACCACGGCUCUGCUCAUGAUCGGCUCGAAGCAGGUCUGUAUCUAAUGGAGGGCUAUAGAACCCUUGAUCCUCCACGCUGGGCUGAAGCCUACGAAGCUGCAUUGAAAACAAUGAACAUCAUCCCUCUCCUCAUAUCGCCAUCUCUACAGGUUGACGACAAGCUUCGCCUACUCGAGAGAGCAUCAGUCGUCGGCCCCCAGCUUGCCGCGUUGGCCCUAAGAUGUGGCAAGCCGGCGUUCGAUGCGAUUCAGCAUCUGGAGCAGGGGAGGGGGCUUAUUUCAAAGUUCAAGAACGACCUGUGGGAGACGGAAACCCGUCUCCGAGAAACGCACGCAGAUCUUGCGGACAAGCUCGCUGCUCUCCGAUUACAGACAGAGGGCCCGUCGCAAGGUCAGGGAAACCCUCGUCAUGAGGCAGGGGAGAUGCUAGAAGCCCUGAGAACGGAGAUUGGCAACAUUCCUGGCUUUACGCGCGGCGAAACGGCCUUGUCCGAAGACGAUCUCAGAGCUGCUGCAGAACGAGGCCCCAUUAUCAUCAUAAACAUGACUACAUUCCAAUGUGACGCUCUCAUCGUUGACAAGAACGGAACGAGGAAGUUGCCUCUCCUCCGCGAUCCUCCGUCAGAGGAGUAUAGGAAACCUGAAUACAGUAGAUUUGAGGAACUAGAAAGACAUGUUGCGAGUGGGAGUUCCCAGUCCCUUGAGUACAUCUGGAAGAAAAUAGCGCAACCGAUUCUUAAUGAAUUAGGUUUCACCAACACCCCCUCAGAUGAUAAUUGGCCACAUGUUUGGUGGAUCCCCACAGGUGUCCUCUCAAAUUUCCCUAUCCACGCUGCUGGGAUUUACUCUCGGUCGCCAUGUGAUGGAGUGCUGGAUCGGGUAAUUUCGUCCUACAGUACCACCAUAUACAUGUUGCUUCGCAUGCGCUCUCGCCAUUGCGCAACAUUUGAAGAACCAAGCGAAAAGAGUGUUGUCUUAGUGGCCAUGGAAGAAACGCCUGGUCAUAAUAGGCUGCCAUUUGUUUCACGUGAAGUUGCUCAAUUAGACAAGGUCUUCAGUGACGCCAAGUUCCUAGUCAGUAAACCUCAGCCAACACAUGAGAGUGUCUUAGCAGCCCUAGAUCAUCGGAAGAUUUUCCAUUUCGCGGGCCACGGCGAGAGUGACCAUAGUCAGCCCAUGAAAAGUCAGCUCUUAUUGAAGGACUGGAACUUGAACCCUUUGACAGUCUCACACCUUUGUGAGGCGAAUCUGUCCAGUCAGGCACCAUUUCUGGCCUAUCUGUCAGCUUGCAAAACAGGGCACAUGCAUCAUGGAGAAGGAGAAAGGCUUCACAUCACCGCGGCCUGUCAACUUGCGGGAUUCCGACAUGUAAUUGGCACAUUGUGGGAAGUUCAAGAUGAGACGAGCGCUACUGUUGCGGUCAAGACAUAUGAGUGGAUGAUAAACAAGGGGCUGAAUGACCGCUCAGUUAGUGAGGGCCUCCAUCACACAAUCAGGGAUCUUCGAAAGGGGUGGAUUAGUUCUAAGGGCUCAACUAGGAAUACUGUGGUGUGGGAGAGAACAGCAACGCCGGAAUCCGGGCGAAAACCACCACUCUGGGUCCCAAUUAUUCACUUCGGAGUUUGA